AUGAGAUGCAAUAAUGGAUUAAUAUUUUUUAUUAUUGCAUUAAUUAUUAUUGUAUGUUGUAGUGUUAUUGGAAAUAUAUUGUAUUUUGUUAAUUUCAAUGAAGAAAGUUAUUGUUUUUCAAUAGCUUAUAAUACAACUAAAGGUAAUGCUGGAAUAUAUUUACUACAUAUUGGAAAUACUUUGUCAUUAAUUUUUUUUAUUAUUGCAAUAAUAAGUUUAUUUACCAUUUCAAGAAAUAGAGAAUGUUCAUUGAUUCUCCUUGUAAUAUGUAUACUUAGAGCUAUCAUUAAUAUAGCUGGAAUUAUUCUUCUUGCAACUGCUUUAACAGAUAAUAAUUGUAAUCCAGGAAAAGCAAUUGCUGGUCUUAUAAUAAAUAUGAUUGGUAUAUUUAUUGUAAUAAUUUUUAUUUGUUUAGGACAAAGUUCAAGAUCUUAUAAUAACGAAUGUACAUAUCAUUAA